UUGUCGUCUCCUCUCAGUGUGUGUACACUAGAGUGCUGCUUCAGAGCGGAGCGGAGGAGAGGAGAGCUCUCAUCAGACAGAGCUUUCGUAACCAGCUGCCUCUUAGGUCGGCUAGAAUGGGCUUCGGGAAGACAACGCAUGCCAUCGUUUGCAGAGUGCCAGAGAGUUACUGCAAACUCACCAGUAUAGUGACAGGGACCACGAGCACCGAAAAGGCGAAACGUGAACACCACGCAUACUGCGAAGUCCUUCGCAGUCUCGAUAUCGAUGUCGUCGAAUUGCCUUCGGACGAACUAUCCCCGGAAUGCCCUUUCGUGAACGAUUUGGCGGUCGUAGCCAAUGGGACAGCUCUCAUCUGCAAACCUUCAUCUCCACAGCGACUCAAAGAGGUGGAGCUGAUCCGGAAAACAAUUCAGAGGGAAAUAGGAAUUCCCAUGGUGGAAAUUUCGGACCCUUCAGCCAUUAUAGAGGGGGGCGACGUUCUCUUCACCGGAGAAGAAUUUUUCGUCGGACUGUCGCCCCGAACAAAUGAAGCUGGGGCCCGAGCCUUGGCAGCUGCCUUCCCUGAGUUCCCGACUACAGCGGUCAGACUGGUGUGUCAAGGUCCAUUGAAGAGCGUACUGACGAUGGCUGGUCCCGGCAUAAUUUGCGUUUCGAAAUCGAAUGAGGCACAAGUUAUGAAGAAGGAGAUCGAACGUGAGGCAACGUUCCAGUAUCAGACAGUCACAGUUCAGGACGACAAGGCGUCCAAUUGUGUCUUUGCAAACAAGACCCUCAUCCACAGGAGCGAGUUCAAUGCGAGCAACCAAGAGUUCGCCCGAAAAAUUGACUAUCCACGGAUCGUUCUCCCGCUCACGCACCUCUCGGCCGUCAAUGUCGGUCUGACCAGUUUAGCUAUACUCAUCGACAAACCGAAGUGCUUUUGAAGAGGUCCCGGAUCUGUUCGAGUCCGGUCGUCCAAGAUUCCGCAUUGUACUUGAUCGCACGAGGAUGAUCGGGGUCUUCUGAGAUGUAUUGAAGCGAGCCGCGACGGACGGGCUCACUUCGGGAGCUUGAACUCGAGUCGCUACGCUCGGUAAUUCUCGAUUCGGUAGUGACAUUUGGGGACUGGAAUCGCGAAAUUUCCAAAUCGACUCUACCCUUCCUUCAUGACUGAGAAGGACAUCGAGCUGCGUUGAAAGACAUCGAAAUGGACGAACAAAUCACCAGGAGCUCGGAAUGUGUGAAGCGAGCUACGAGGUACUCUGGUUGGUGAAAGGGUCGCUUUUUCCGGUCUGAUCUCAUCCUCUCGCUGGGCUGAGAGUUCAUCCCCCUUCUGCAAACUUACUUCGGGGGGCGUCGGAUUCGACAGCGGAACGCUUCCCAGCAGCCCUGAC